UAUAUAAAACUACUUACAAGAGCACGUGGCAUACACUGUUAAAAGAAGUGGUAGAGCAGUUGGGCCUAUUGCAGAAUUAUGGUUCGACUAACAAUGGACCUAAUUGCUAAAAGCAUCAGUCACAAGAAUCGCAACGAAGAGGACUUUGGACAGUAUCUGCGAAAAAUAACUCAUCUGAAUUUAUCAGAUAAAAAUAUAGAUGCAAUUGGUGAUCUCUCUUUGUGUAAAAAUCUUAGAGUUCUGUAUUUAUAUGACAACCAAAUCAGUCAAAUCCAGAACCUGGACUUUGCUUCAAACAUAACACACCUUUACCUUCAGAACAAUUGCAUUACAUGUAUGGAAAAUCUCUCAUCGCUGAAAAACCUUGAAAAACUAUAUUUGGGGGGCAACUGCAUCACUGUGGUAGAGGGUUUGGAUAAAUUAGAAGAAAUAAGGGAGCUACAUAUUGAAAGUCAACACCUCCCUCCUGGCAAGAAGCUUCUGUUUGAUCCAAGAUCUCUUAGGUCCCUGGCAAAAUCUUUGUCUGUGUUGAAUAUCAGCAAUAACAACAUAGAUGAAUUAGAAGAACUGGCAGUUUUGGAAAAUCUUGCUUAUCUUAGAGCAGUUGACAAUCAACUUCAACAUAUGAAGGAUCUGGAGGUUGUAUUAAACAAAUGGACAAAGCUACGUGGAAUGGAUCUUACAGGAAACCCCAUCUGCCACAAGCCAAAGUACAGGGACAGGAUUGUAGUACAGUCAUGGACUUUAGAAUCCCUUGAUGGGAAAGAAAUUAAAGAAAUGGAAAGACAGUUCCUAAUGAAUUGGAAAGCCUCCAAAGCUGCCAGGAACAAAAAUAAAGAAAGAAUGACAAAUGAACAUGCAGCCUAUCUACAUUUUUCUGACUUUGAAACACCUUAUCCUAUUCUUCCUUUUCACUGCAGUCACUGUCUGAAAGAAAGAACAAAUUUUUUAGUUUUGUCCGAGAUGCAGAAAGUUAAAAGAAAACCUCUGCCAAGAAUCCUGGGAAAAAAAUAAAUCAGAUGAAAAC